AUGGCCCCACCUCGUGUCAUUGUUGUCGGCGGUGGCCUUUCCGGCCUCAGCGCUGCGCAUACCGUCUACCUCAAUGGUGGCAACGUCCUGGUCCUGGACAAGAACAACUUCUUCGGUGGCAACUCGACAAAGGCCACCUCCGGAAUCAAUGGUGCGCUUACUCGCACUCAGGUCGACCACCAGAUCGGCGACAGCGUCAAGCAAUUCUACGAAGAUACCCUCAAGUCCGCCCGUGACAAGGCGAGACCAGACCUGAUCAAGGUCCUCACAUAUCAAUCUGCUUCCGCCGUCGAGUGGCUGCAGGAUGUUUUCAACCUCGAUCUUACCCUCGUGUCCCGGCUCGGUGGCCACUCUUUCCCCCGAACCCAUCGAGGCCACGAUGCCAAGUUCCCUGGUAUGGCCAUCACAUAUGCUCUCAUGCAGAGAUUAGAAGAGCUGUGCGAGUCCGACCCCGACCGUGUCCAGGUCAUCAAGAAGGCCAAGGUCACGGAGAUCAACAAGGACGGCAAUACUGUGACUGGUCUCAAGUACGAGUUCAACGGCGAAACCCACUCCGUUGACGGCGUUGUCGUCCUUGCUACUGGUGGUUAUGCUGCUGACUUCUCCGACGAUUCCCUCCUCAAGAAGUGGCGUCCAGAUACGUUCGAUCUUGCCUCGACCAAUGGCACCCAUGCCACUGGCGAUGGCCACAAGAUGCUUAUGAAGAUCGGCGCCAAUGACAUUGACAUGGACAAGGUUCAGGUUCAUCCUACGGGUCUAGUCGAUCCCAAGGACCCUGGCUCAAAGUGGAAGUUCCUGGCUGCUGAAGCCCUUCGUGGCGAGGGUGGCCUGCUACUGAACAACAAGGGCGAGCGAUUCUGCGACGAUCUUGGCCACCGAGACUACGUCUCUGGCAAGAUGUGGGAGGAGAAGGAGGCCGGCAGGUGGCCCAUCCGUCUUGUGCUUAACUCCAAGGCCUCCAACGUUCUCGACUUCCACACCAGACACUACUCUGGCAGAGGCCUAAUGAAGAAGAUGACCGGCAAGGAGCUCGCCAAGGAAAUUGGCUGUGGCGAGGAAGCCCUCAGAAAAUCUUUCAAGACGUACAAUGCCGUUGCCGAGGGCAAGGAGAAGGAUCCCUGGAACAAGAAGUACUUCCACAACGGCCCCGUCGAGGUCGACGAUGACUUCCACGUUGCUGUGAUGGAACCCGUGCUGCAUUUCACCAUGGGUGGUAUGGAAAUCAACGACAAGGCUCAGGUGCUCAACUCGGAGAAGAAGCCCUUUGACGCUCUCUAUGCUUGUGGUGAGCUAGCUGGUGGUGUUCACGGUGCCAACCGUCUAGGCGGUUCAUCACUACUUGGCUGUGUCGUUUAUGGUCGUGUUGCGGGCGCUUCGGCGUCGCAAUAUCUCUUCCAGAAGCUGACUGCUGGAGGUGCUACUGGUGCCAACCAGCGCCUUGGUCAAAUCUCCCUGCACAUCGAUCCCUCGACACCUGGCAAGAUUUCGGUCGAGUGGGGUCAGGGUGCUGAGGCUGGACCGUCGGUGGGCAAUGCCACCACUAACCAGCAGGCGCAGAAGAGCGCUGGACCUGUUAUGGAUGGCAACAAGUCUUCCGAUCCUGGCAAGAAGAAGGAUACCAACGAUGUUUCAAAUUUCAAGGUCCCCGAGAAGGAGUAUACGCUUGAGGAGGUGGCCAAGCACAACAAGAAGGAUGAUCUGUGGAUCGCAGUCAAGGGUGUCGUGAUGGACGUCACCAACUGGCUGGACGAGCAUCCUGGCGGCCCUCAGGCUCUUUUCUCACACAUGGGCAGAGAUGCUACCGAAGAGUUCGAGAUGCUUCACGAUGAUGAAGUUAUCCCCAAGUAUGCUGCCGACAUUGUCAUUGGACGUGUCAAGGGUCAGGAAGUUACGCUGGAGUAUUAG